CCCCCCCCCCCGCCUCCAGCCUUCCCCACCUCGCCAGGAUGUCCUUCCACUCUGUGGCCGUCUCGGCCUUCCUGCAUGACUCUGCCGGGUCCAAGGGAUACACUCCCUACGGCACGCUGGACCUGAAUCUGAAGCUCGGCGACAAGGGCGCCUUCAUCCUGAACCUGGACAAGGCCGGCACCGUGUACACCAGUGCCCCGAUCAGCCCGGACUUCUCGCUGACCCCCCUGGACGAGACGUCGGCCAUGUUCACCGGCGAGCAUGGUCGCUCGUGGACCGUGCGCUUCUCCUCGGUUGAUGAGGCCAGCAACUUUUAUCUCAAGGUCACCUAUGCCCGCGCCUCGGCCGCCCAGUUCAAGGAGCUGGUCAUCCAGGACUCCCUCGUCGGCACUGGUGAUGACUCCCUCGGCCCGGGGUCCCGCGCGGCGGUGGCCUACAAUGCCUGGUCCUUCAGCCAGAACUCCCUGAGCCCCUUCCAUACCGGACUCAACAACCCCGAUCAGCAGCAGACCUUCACCAUCGGUCGCGGCAAGGUGUGUGCCGGCUGGGAGACCGGUGUUCGCGGCAUGAAGCUCGAGGGCCGCCGCUUCAUCAUGGUCCCCGCCACGAUGGCCACCAGCGCCCAGGGCUUCCCCACCGGCUGCCCGCUCUUCUUCCACAUGAAGCUGGCUCGCGCUCGGUUCGAGGGCUCGGCCGCCUCGGCCGCCGGCACCCCGGCCAAGGAUUCGCCGCGCAAGUUCAAGACCGUGCAGGAGAUCCCGCUCCCCUCCCUGCCUGUGGCGCCGGCCUCCUCCUCCGAGGUGGACGAGGAUGACCCCAUUCAGAGCCUGCGCGGCCGCGAUCAGAAGCAGCAGGAGGUCAUCGACCGCGUCUCGAAGUUCGGCCAGAACAUGCUCAGCAGCCUGCCGGCUCCGGCGGCUGCUGCCAUGAACGACGAGGUUGCCAUGACCCUGAGCCAGCGCAACAGCCAGCAGCCCGCUCAGCAGCAGCAGCAGCAGCAGCAGCAGCCCGUCCAGCAGCAGCCUGUUCAGCAGCAGCCUAUGCAGCAGCAGCAGCAGCAGCCCGUUCAGCAGCAGCAGCAGCAGCAGCCCAUGUACCCCAUGCAGCAGUCGCAGCAGCAGCCCAUGUACCCCAUGCAGCAGCAGCAGCAGCAGCCCAUGUACCCCAUGCAGCAGGACCCGUGGACCGGUGCCCCGCAGGCCGGCCCCGGCCAGCUGGCCCUCUAUCACCCAUACCAGCAGGCUGGUGCUCCGGGCGCCCCCUUCCGGCCGGCCCUUCCUGCUCCCGGGCAGCACUACGGCAACCCGGGGCACUAUCACGAUUCGGCUGCUGCCACGGCGGCCGCUGUGGCGGCUGCCACCGUGGCCGCGUAUGCUCCGGCCGCCGUUGCCCCGGCCGCCGCUGCCGCGUCUCCGGCCCCGGUCGCCAGCCCGGCUCCGGCCCCCGGCCCGGUCGCCCUGUCCGAUGAGGACCGGCGCCUGCUGAGCGCCACGCACGAUGCCGCGCAGAAGGUGGCCACCCAGCAGACCACCAUGGCCACCUCGGUGGCCGGGGUGGCCGAGCAGGUGUCCACCCUGCGCGAGGGCGUCGGCCGGAUUGUCAACAAUCCGCUCUUCGCUUCGGACGGCGGCAAGCCCGCCAUGGAGGGGCUGGAGCUGCUGCGCGCCAUCCAGAAGCUGGUGACCGAGAGCGACCGCCUGCGCCGGGAGAUCGACGAGCGCUCGACCACGGUGGAGCGUCUGCAGGCUCGCGUGGCCGGCCUGGUGACCGAGAAGGAGCAGCUCAUCGACGACCGGAACCAGAUGCUGGACCGGCGGAAUGAGUCGCUGCGCGCGACGUCCGAGCACUCGGCCGACAUCCUGCUGAAGCUGCAGCAGGACAAGUCCCGCAUCGAGGCCGACCUGGCUGCCGCCCAGUCGGACCUGUCCUCGGCCCAGCGCCAGGUGGCCGGGCUGACCCGCGUGGAGACCGAGCUCCGCGAGGAGACCGCCACCCUGACCCUGGCUCUGGAGGAGGCGCGCUCCGACGCGGACACCCUGCGCACGGAGGCCGCCACGCGGGAGACCCGCGUCAAGCAGCUGACCCGCCAGCUGAAGCUCCUGAAGGCGGCCAAGGCCGAGGCCGAUGAGCGGAUCACCGCCCUCGAGGAGGAGGUCAGCGACCGGAUCCGCGAGCUGGAAAACGUCCGUGCCCUGUCGGACGAGCGCCGGCGCAAGUCCGAUGAGGAGCUUGCCCGUGCUGAGCAGACCUACAUCGACAGCCAGAAGGCCCUGGAGAAGGACAUUUCGACCCUGCGCGAGCAGCUUCGCCGCGAGCGUCUGUCCUCCGGCGAGGCAACCGCCACCCGCCUCCGCGAGAUGGAGGAGGAGCUCGAGGCCAUCUGGACCCAGAAGCUGGAGCGCGUGCAGGAAGACCUGCGCAAGGCCCAUGCCACGGCCGUGGCCAACAUGGAGAUUGCCCAGCGCCAGGCCCUUGAGCAGGCUCGGGCGGAGGAGCGCGAGCUGGCCGCCGCCGCGGCCGGGUCGACCACCCGCCAGCAGGAGGCCCGCACGGCUGAGCUCGAGGCCCAGCUGGCCGAGGCCCGUGCCAAGGUGGCCCAGCUGCUGGCCACGGUGGAGGAGCUUGAGAAGACCCCCGGCGCCGCCCCGGUGGGAGCCGCUGCCGGUGGGCAGUUUACCUUUGACGAUAUCAAGAAGAUCAUGAACGGCGUGGCACGCGGUGUGCUGCCGAUUCUGGCCGACCCGGAGGAGCGCGCCACCGUGACCGGCAUCAUUCGUGACGCCACGCUGUCGGUUCUGAACCCGGAGCCCGUGGUCGCGGAGUCUGAGGAGUCCGAGGAGGAGUCUGACGAGGAGUCUGCUGAGGAGUCCGAGCACGAGUCCGAGCACGAGUCCGAGCACGAGUCCGAGCACGAGUCCGAGCACGAGUCCGAGCACGAGUCCGAGGAGGAGGAGGAGGAGUCCGCCGAUGAGGCGGCUGCCCCUGUCGCCGAGGAGACCUCCCUUGCCGCCGAGGAGUCCGACGAGUCCAUCACUGAGGAGGCCGUUGCCCCGGCUGCUCCCGGCGUGCAGGAGGAGUCCGAGGAUGAGGAUGAGCUCCCUGCCGUUGCGGCCCCGGGCCCGGCCCAGACCGCUGCCCUUCUCUUCGACUCGGAGGACGACGAGGAGGACCUGCCGCUUCCGGAGGUGGCGACCAAGCCCCAGGCGUCGAGCCUUCUCCUCUCGGAUGACGAGGAUGAGGAUGAUGACCCCUUCCUGCCGGCCCCCGGCAAGACUGCCGCCGUGAGCCUGGGCUUCUCGGACGACGAGGAGUCUGACGUGGCGGAGGAUCCUGCCCCGUCCAUGGCCGCUGCGGUCGUCAGCGAUGAUGCCACUGGCAGCGAUGACGGUGGCGAGGAGGAUGAGGACGAUGCCGUCUUCGCGGCGGCCGCGUCUCCCACUGCCGCCACCCCGGCCAAGGGUGGCCUCUUCGACACUGACAGCGAGGAGGACGACCUGGAGGUCGAUGCUGCGCCCACUCCCGAGGUGGAGCCUCUCGAGGAGGAUGCCUCGAUUGACUCUGGCGCCGAGACUCCCACUCACGAGGAGGGGUCUGAGGCCGACGAUGAGCCCCUCGCCGAGGAGGACGACGACGAGCCUAUCACCGAGGAGGCCGAGGAGGAGUCCUUCUCCAGCCUCGCGGCCGCCGCCACCAUCGAGAGCGAUGACGAUGAUGAUGAUGCUUUCUCAUCGGCCGCCGCUGCCGUGACCACCAAGAGCAGCCUCUUCGACUCCGACGAUGACGAGGAGGAGGAGGAGGAGGAGGAAGACCUGCCUGCUCCUGUUGCCGAGAACACGGGUGACGAGGACGUUGCGCAGGAUGCCGCUGCCGCCCUGUUUGAUAGCGACGACGGCAAUGAUGGCGUCAACGCCGAUGAGGCGGAGGAGCAGCAGCCCGAGCCCGCCGAGGAGGAUCCGCUGGCCGCCGGCGGCGAUGCCCAUUCGUCGGACGGCGCAUCCAAUGCCACCUCCUCGCCCUUUGACAUCGUCAAUGAGGACAUCGCCACCAGCAGCGACGACCACCACCUGUCGAAUGACACCCUGGACAAGGAGGAGGAUGCCAGUGCUGACCCCUUCGGCGAUGCGGUGUCCGUCACCCUGAGCGACGCCCAGGCCCUGCAGUCGGCCUCGGUUCUGUCGGUGGCCGACUCGGAUGCCGAGGAGGCCGGCGACCCGUUCGCUGCUCCGGCCGCCAGCGCGCCGGCCGCCAGCUCCCUCUUCUCUUCCGAUGACGAGGAGGACACCGCCCCGGCGCCUUCCCUCUCGGCGGCCACCACCGUGGUCGAGGAUGACGCGGAGGCGGCGGCGGCCCCGAUCCAGCUCCCGCCGGCCAUGGACCCGCUGGUCAUGGACCCCUGGAGUCAGCCCCUGCCCGAGGCCGCGACCGCUGUCGCCGCCGAGCAGGUCCCGGAGGACGAGGCAGCGGCGGAGGAGCCCACCGAGGAGCCGCCCGCGCCCGCGCCCGCGCCCGCCAUCAGCAGCAAGAUCGACGAUGAUGACGACGACAUGGACUGGCUCAAUGCCACCCAGCCGAAGGCCACCGGCCCCCGGGUGACCAGCCUCUUCGGCGACACCGAUGACGAGGAUGAUGCGCCCUUCGACACGGGCGCGUCGCCGCGUGCCGGCACCGCCGCCGCUGCUCGGUCCCGGACCAGCUCCAUGCUCAAGCGCCCGGGCCGCUCGGCGUCGGUCCUCAAGUCCCCGGCCGCCAACAAGCCGACCAGUCUCUUCGGCAGCGAUGAUGAUGACAUCUUCUAA